AUGGAGGGAGAAGGCAGUCACCCCGGGGUGGCCAUGGAGACCGGUAACCCUUUGCUAAGAGCCGUCUUCCUCCGGCGGCUGCGACUGACACGGCUGCUCCUGGAGGGCGGCGCCUACGUCAACGAAAGCGACGUCGACGGCCAGACGCCCCUGAUGGUGGCCUGCCGGACCCAGCAUACCGACGUCCAGAGUGCCAGCCGGGUCAAGCUGGUCCAGUUCCUCCUGGAGAAAGGAGCGGACCCCGACAUCCAGGACAAGGAGGGUCUCUCGGCGCUGAUGCACGCCUGCCGGGAGCAAGCCGGCCCCGAGGUGGCAUCGCAGCUCCUGGCUAGCGGGGCGGACAUCGGCCUGGAGGAUCGGUCCGGGACGUCGGCGCUGGUCUACGCGGUAAUGGCCGGAGACUGGAAGGUCCUGAAGCUGUUGCUCGACACAUGCAAGGCCAAAGGGAAGGAGGUGAUCAUCAUAGCCACCGACAAAUUCCCAUGUGGGAAACUGCAAGCCGAGCAGUACCUCAGCUUGCCUCCCCUCGGGCCUCUUGAUGGGACGGACAAAAUGGCAUCGGCAGCUCCCGCAUCGCCCUCGGAGAUCCAGCUCAUCACCUCCCCGCAGUGCACCUCCUCUUCCGUAUGUCCCCCGAAGACGGCCUUCUCCUUUAAAGAAGCCCAGUCCAGUGGCGUAACCUCCCAUCCCUGUUCCUCAUCCCGGUUUCAAAGGCCGGGCCAAGCGGCGCCCAACGGCCUGCAGCAGCCCCUCCUGAGGUUGAACUCCGAGCCCUGGCUGAAGAUCCCGGCGUCUCUGCUCCGCCAGCAGCCUCAUGCGGCCUCGUCUUCAGAAAGCAGCAAAGACCUCCCCGAGGACCUCGCCCUCAGGAUCCACAAACCGGACGGCACAAAUUCAACAAGCGAGAGCUUCAAGUGGUACGAAGGAAGCUCGGCGAGGGACAAAGGACUGGAGGCAAAGAAUGAAUGUGCCAAACGCGUGGGACAGAAGAUCUCCUUACCGGGUCUCCUGUCAUCCCACUCCACCUCCCACCCAAACCUCCACGCCGCGAACCUCGGAACAGAUUCGCUUGCCUCCUCUUCCUCCUUCUCCUCCUCCGGUGCCAAAAACCUUGGCACUCUGCUCCACGGCAUGGCCUCGUCGAGCCUUCACAGCAUCAUCCAGAGGCGCAGGCUCGGGGACAUCUACAGCUCCGACCCGCAGCUCGCCAGAGACGUCCACAAUCUGCUGGAGGAGAAAGCGAGAGACCUGACGGAGGGCAAGAGGCUGGCGCCUCUACGCUGCUCCAGCACGCUGGGCUCCAGGGAGUCACUGGGGACGCUGGGCCCGAGCAGGAGGAUGCCGUCUGGGUACGAGCGCAGAGGAUCCGGAGCCUUCCUGUCGGACCACAACUCCUCCCAGGCCAAGCCUCGUUCUCUGCCACCUCUGGCCCUCAACUCCACCAACAACCCCACCCUCAGCUCCGCUGCCGGAGGUGGUUUCUGUGAGAAAGAGUCCGGGAUGAGGACUUUCCUCCCCUCCGCUCCUCCUGGCCACCCCAAAGAGAUGACCAGGAGGAUGCUGCUGAGGAGACACUCGAUGCAGACCGAACAGUUCAAGACAACGGCGUGA